UAAACAAAGUUAGUAAAUCAGAUAUUAUGAUGAAUCUAACAUCUACUGUAGGAAAUACUACAGUACAUCCUAAAAAACUGAAAUCAUUUUUUGACAGAAUUAUUCAUAAACAAAAUCAUGAUGCUAACAGUUCAUUUUAUGGUCCUACAUUAUCUUUAGAAUUAGAAAAAAAAUUUAUUAAUGCUAAUGAUAUUGAAAUUCCUAUAAAAAAUAUAGAGAAAACGAAAUUACCUCUAUAUUCUGUACCAAAUUAUAAUCAAAAUGUAAUUGAGCCAGUUUUGUCUAAAAAUCAUAGACAAUCAUCACCAAUAACAAAUAAUAGUAUUGGCACUGAUAAAGAAAAAAAAACAAAAAAAAUAGAAAAAUAUGAAAUAGAUACAUAUAAUCUUGAAAAACAAGAGAUAGAAACAUUUGGUCCAGUUUUACCUCCACACAUGGAAAAACAUAGAGUAAUUGAAUCAGUAUUACUUGAAAAUAUAAUUUCUAGUGAUAAUAAAGUUAUAGAUACGCCUUUGAGAUCUAAUAUUGAAGAUGACGAAACAUUUGGUCCUCUACCUGUUGAUCAUCCUGCCAUUCGAAAAAGUUAUAUUCAAAUCCAACUUGAGCAAAGAGCAAAACAGGUUAAGGCUAAAAUCAAAGAUAAAAUUAGUUCAGAAAAAAGAAAACGAGAGGAAUGGAUGGUUGAACUACCACCAACACAUGCAAUUGCUUUAAGCUUUGAAUCAAGGUCUCGUAAAUUUAAAAUGAAUGAAGGUUCAGAUUUAUCUGAUCGAUCAAUGUGGACAGAUACACCAGUAGACAAAUAUUUUAAACAAACAGAAAAGAAAGAACCCCUAUUUGUUAAAUCUGAAGAGUCAAAUAACAAGUUAAACAAAUGCAAAUAUGAAGAUGUAAUAAAAGAAUCUGUUAAACAAGUAAAAUGUGAAUCAUUAUUAGAUAUGCAUUUGAAAUCAUUGAAACGAAAGAAAAAGAAAUUAGAAAAGGAAGCAAAAGAAUUCGGAUUAUCAACGCGAAGACCUUUUGAUCGAGAUAUUGAUUUACAAAUGAAUCGUUUGAAUGAUGCAAGGAAGAAAAAUAUUUUUGAAAAGGCUAGUUGUUUUAAUGAGAGAUUUACACCUGGAAAAAUUUAAUUUGUACAUUACAGAUAAAUUAAUUGUAAAUUUAAAGUUUAAGAUUAGAAAAU